AUGCCAAUACAUCUUUUUUAGUUGACUAAAUUGCAAUUUUAAAUUUCCCGCGAGUUUCUUGUAGAAAACGCCGCGGAAUGAUGAUGUGUACGCGUGAUGUCACUGACUGUCAGGAAAUAUUAGCUCAGCACCACUUACGGCUAAAAGUCGUCUGCUUUAAUGGCAUAAUCACACAAUAUUUUGGACAUCUGUGUUGCUGAAUUUUUCGCAAUUUGUUCAUUUAAUAAUGGAGACAUCAAAGAAGAAAGAUGUAGUUGGGAAGCGGUGGAUUGCAGCUGUCUUUAGCACCGAGACACAGCCAGUGUUUUUUUGUUUGUUGUGAAGCUUUAACACAAGCCAGCAUGUUUUUGGAUGGGGAAAUUGUGAUAUAUGUCUUACCGGAGACAUCAUUGGAUUAGUCAUCGUCCUGCAGCAGCUGUUUAGAAGGCAGCUGUGAGCUUGGCUCCUCGGCUUCUCUCUGAGACACUGGGUGUUCACCGCAGCCACCCGACCUCGAGGUAUGUUUUUACAAUCUUUAAAAUCUCACUAAAACACUAUUAAAACAAUAAGCAGAUAAGGGAUCUUCCAGAAUUAUCCUAGUAAAUGCGUUUAAUUACAUCUGAAACGCUCACACUUUUUUUUUUCUCUAGUCCUUCACUAUCAAUAUCCUAAUUCACAAAUCUUUCAUCCUCGCUCAAAUUAAUGGGGAAUUUGUCGCUUGCUCGGUCCGAAUUGCUCUUACUGCUGGUGGCUCCCAUUAUAAACAAUGUGAAUAUGUGUGGAGCUCCUCAACUCGUGACGUCACGCACACAUACUUCCGGUAAAGGCAGGGCUUUUCUAUUAGCGAACAAAAGUUGCGAACUUUAUCGUGGAUGUUCUCUACUAAAUCCUUGCAGCAAAAAUAUGGCAAUAUCGCGAAAUGAUCAAGUAUGACACAUAGAAUGGACCUGCUAUACCCGUUUAAAUAAGAAAAUCUCAUUUCAGUAGGCCUUUAAGUGGACUUUGAAACAUGUUCUUGUUCAUUAGGAGCGAAAAGGAGUAUGGAUAUUAAGUUAGCAUUUUGUCUCUUGACAUUUCUCUCAGAUUUUUCCUUAUCUGGAAAUGAAUGGCUCACAUUUAUUUACAUUCUACAUUUAUAAAAAAGUUUAUUUGGCACAAAUAUAUUGUUUACGUCCUCGACGACGUAGCGACUUGUCCAGGGUGUACACUGCCUUCCGCCCAAUUGUAGCUGUGAUAGGCACCAGCGACCCUAAAGGGGAAUAAGCGGUAGAAAAAAUGGAUGGAUGUAUGGAUAUUGUUUCCGUUUAUCUGUUAUAUUGUAAGGCUGCACAAUUAUGGACAAAAUAAUGAUUUUUUAAAAUGUUUUAUCAAUAUUGAAAUCCAUCCUUCCAUCCAUUUUCUACCGCUUUUCCCUUUUGGGGUCGGUGGAGCUUAUCUCAGCUGCAUUCGGGCGGAAGGUAGGGUACACCCUGGACAAGUCGCAACCUCAUCACAGGGCCAACACAGAUAGACAACAUUCACACACUAGGGCCAAUUUAGUGUUGCCAAUCAACCUAUCCCCAGGUGCAUGUGUUUGGAGGUGGGAGGAGCAUAUCCCCUGGUGCAUGUCUUUGGAGAUGGGAGGAGCUUAUCCCCAGGUGCAUGUCUUUGGAGGUGGGAGGAGCCUAUCCCCGGGUGCAUGUCUUUGGAGGUGGGAAGAAGCCAGAGUACCCGGAACAUGCAAACUCCACACAGAACGAUCCCGAGCCCGGGAUUGAAUUUAGGACUACUCAGGACCUUCGUAUUGUUGAGGCAGAUGCACUAACCCCUCUUCCACCGUGCUGCCCAAUAUUGAAAUCAAAACUAUUAAUCAGGAUUCUACAUUGUUAGCACCCCCCCGCGACCCCAAAAGGGAUAAGCGGUAGAAAAUGGGUGGAUGGAUGGAAGGUAAAACAGUAUUGGGGGAGGAGGUUGAACGUGACGCCAUCAAGUAAUUUGAUCAAAUCUAAUUAGAAGGCGUAAUAAACAUUAGUUUUUAAUUAUUAGGACAUUUUACUGAAAUUGGUAUGUUUUAUUUCAUAUGAACAUUGGUUUUAAAUAUUGACAUGUCUAUUAUAUAGUCAUUUCACACAAAUUUUAACAUUUUCUUAUAUAAAUGUGUCUCAAAUGUUGACAUUUCCUUUUAUGUGGAUGUGGAGGGGGGUGUGGCCUGCGGGCCUGCAGCGGAGAGAGGAACCAGCACCCCUGUCUGCCAAUCCAAAUCUGAUUGUUUUGCCUUCAACUGACAGAGAUCAGAUUUUUUUUUGCAUUUGGGCCACAUCAGGAUUGAUAUGUGAUCUUUUCAAAUGGGACUUUGGUCUAAACACAACGUGACUCGUAUGUGACUUUUACGUCAUCUUUGGGCGAGUUACGUCGUUCGUGUGUGUACGGGGAAGUGGAUAUUUCAUCACUACGUCCGGUUUCUGUGCAUAGAAACAUCUAUAAUUGGGUGGAGGGGGUUGAACGUGACGCCAUCAAGUAAUUUGAUCAAAUCUAAUUAAAGCAAAAUAUACAUCCAUAUCAUGCACCGGGGGAUAGGUUGAUUGGCAACACUAAAUUGGCCCCAGUGUGUGAAUGUGAAUGUGAGUGUGAAUGUUGUCUGUCCAGGGUUUACACCGCCUUCCGCCCGAUUGUAGCUGAGAUAGGCACCAGCGCCCCCCCGCGACCCCGAAGGGAAUAAGCGGUAGAAAAUGGAUGGAUGGAUAUUUAAAGACAUACAUUUGUUUUUAAUUAUUAAGACAUUUUACUCAAAUAGGUAUGUUUUAUUUCAUAUGGACAUUGGUUUCAAAUAUUGACAUGUCUAUUAUAUUUUUUACAUUUUCUUAUAUAAAUAUGGCUCAAAUUUUGACAUUUCCUUUUAUGUGGAUGUGGAGGGGGGCGUGGCCUGCGGGCCUACAGCAAAGCGGGGUGUGCCAGGACUGGCAGCGACGUCAGCGACAGGUGCGUAGUUGGCCCAGCUGGGCCUUGCUAUCUAAUCACCCGUCACUCUGUACAAGCAGCAAACCGGGCACAGAGAGGUAGUUGGAGCUGACAAUUGCUGGAAAACAACCCGUAGACUUUUGUGAAAAAUAAAACUGUAUUGAACCAUGAAACGGGCUUGUGUGGAAAUGCUGGGAGGGUCAAGAGGACCCGCUGGAAGAGAACUUCCACAAUGGACGUUUCAGGCUGCGAUCCUGGGCUCCCCUGGGGAAGACGAGGAGAUGUCGGGGCUCACUGCGUGUUGCAGAGGAGCCUACAGCUGCCGAUGGAAGAAAACGAGGAAAGGCGGCAACAGUAAAUGUGCUUGCUGUUGGUUCUCUGUGCUCACCUUCAUCACCCUCCUGACCGUCUUCUGGGUGUACAUUUGUCUGGUGGCACACAACGACCAGGAGGAUGUCAACUGGAAGGCCUUCAUGCAUCUGAAGUGGUGGGUCAACUGGUUCAUGGUGCUGACCAUCACGUCCGCCGUCUUGACCAGUUACUGUGUGCUGCUGCUGUUUUUUGCCCUGUUCCAAGUUGCCCUGAAAGAACCACUCGACUUACAUUGGCUUCACAAGAUUCUCCUUUUCUUGAGUUUGCUCUUCAUCUCCUUGGGAAUCGUCGGGAUAAGUCUUCAGUGGAAACAAGAAUGGUCGACCGUUCUUCUCUCGCUGCAGGCGACCGCUCCUUUUUUGCAGUUUGGUGCUGUCGGAGGUUUGCUUCUGCUGAGUCCGUUCGUCUUCCAGAGAUUCCACAUGGCCAAAGCUAAAUACUCUCAGUUCCUGAUGGCAGCAGCCUUCGCUGCAGUGUCGGUGCCCAUCCUCCUGUGUCCUUUGCUGGUCCACUCACCUUGUCUCAUAGACUACGCCCACUUGCCCCCAAAACCCAAGCUGAUAGGUCACAGAGGUGCACCCAUGUUGGCCCCUGAGAACACCAUCAUGGCCUUCCAGAGGAGCAUCCAAUGCGGCGUGACCGCCUUCGAGACAGACGUGCAGAUGAGCAAGGACGGAGUUCCUUUCUUGAUGCACGACAAAGGCCCGGGCUUUUUGAGGCGGACCACCGACGUGGAAGAGAAGUUUCCGGGCCAACACAUCGAGUAUAGCAAUCAGCUGACCUGGGAGCAGUUACAGAGCCUGAAUGCAGGGGAAUGGUUCCUGCAGACGGAUCCUUUCUUCUCACUGUCCCAGUUGUCUGCAGAGGACAGGGAAGAAGCCAGAAACCAAACAAUACCGUCUUUAGUGCAGCUCCUUCACCUUGCUGAGCAUCACAACGUCUCUGUUUUAUUCGACCUGUACGGUUCUGCCCAGGUUUCCGAUGUAGUCCAGACCAUCCUGAACUCCAAGGUGGACCCGAGCCUGGUCCUCUGGCUUCCUUCCGAUGGGAGACUGGACGCCAGGUCGAGGGCUCCAGGGUUCACCCAGGUCUACGACGAUGAAGAACACAUGCGCAACGACGGGGGAAACCACCUCAAUCUGCACUACGGCAAGCUGAGCAUGUCAGAGAUUGGGGAUCUCCGCCAACAGAACAUCUCACUGAACCUGUGGGUGGUCAACCACUCCUGGCUCUUCUCCCUCCUGUGGUGUGCCGGGGCAAGCUCCGUGACCACCAACACCUGCCACCUGCUGGGGGACAUGGAGGGUCCCGACUGGGUCUUGCCUCCUGGGACGUACACCGCCAUGUGGAUGUCAGUGGACCUCCUAUCUGUGGUGAUGAUGCUGGUCAUCUACUUCCUCAAGCGGAAACCUUGCUGCUGCCACGGAAACGUGUCAAAGAAAGAAAGGACAAAACUGUCCUGGAACCAGAGAGAACUUUCUCCCUUCUUAGCGGCCGUGUAGUUUGUCACACCGCAGCAGCAUAUCACCUGUAGUUUGUUACACCGCAGCAGCAUAUCACGUGUAGUUUGUUACACCGCAGCAGCAUAUCACGUGUAGUUUGUUACACCGCAGCAGUAUAUCACGCACUAUCACAAUGUUUAUGAGGCAGAGAUGAAAGUUUUGUACAUCCUUUCACUGUGUUUUAUACAGAGUUAACAAUUACUGGAAUUACCGUAUUUUUCGGACCAUGGGGUCUAUUCCGGUCUAUUUUUAUACAAAAAGGCGCACUGGAUUAUAAGGCGCAUUAAAGGAGUCAUAUUAUUAUGAUUUUUUUCUAAAAGUAAAAUACUCUUUUGUGGUUCUUUGCUCAAAAUGUUGCAUAGAUGAUGUUUUGCAAGCUGCUUUCUGACCGUCUCUUUUACUAUGCGCCGCUUUGCGGUCGGUUUUAUCUACCUGGCUCAGCUUCGACAGCGUCUUCUCACCCGUCCAGGUUGUUUUUAAGCGCUUCCAAAGCGAGUCUACUGACAGAUAUAAGUUAGAACUAUGCGAUAAAUGUGCAUGUACGAGCCAGUCUGCCCGCGUUUUGACUACAAUGGCGGAGGAGCGUAAGGCACAAUCGGAUGGUAUGUGCAACUUUCCUCAACGGGUGACGGCACAAACAGGUCGUUUAAAGGAAGUAUGAAGGAAGGCAAUAUUGUAGACUUGUACGGUAUACCGGUACUAGUGUAGUACCGCCAUACUAAUAAAUGAUAUUCGGUACUAUACCAACGUGAAAUAGUAGUCGUAAUGAGCCGUAAAAUCCAUCAAGUAAAGUCGUACUAAAACUACUAAAACAUUUUGACAGAUUUUUGAGCGCCGUGUGCAAUGUUCUUCAUUCUCAAUGGAACAUUUAAAAGUUUUGGUGUUUUUUACUGCCAUCAUAUUGCAGUCUACAUGUAUAUUGCCAAAAGUAUUUGGCCACCUGCCUUGACUCACAUAUGAAUUUGAAGUGCCAUCCCAUUCCUAAUCCAUAUUGUUCAAAAUGAUGUGGGUCCACCUUUUGCGGCUACUACAGCUCUUCUGGGAAGGCUGUCCACAAGGUUGCGGAGUGCGUUUUAUAGGAAUUUUCCAGCAUUCUUGUAAAAGCACAUUGGUGAGGUCACACAGUGAUGUUGGUGGAGAAGGUUUGGCUCUCAAUCCGCGAUCUAAAUCAUCCCCAAAGGUGUUCUAUCGGGUUCAGGUCAGGACUUUGUGCAGGCCAGUCAAGUUAAUCCACACCGGACUCUGUGUCGCUCUGGAAUAACCUGCCUCGAAUCCUAAGUCUCCAUGCCUAAGUGCUUGAUUUGAUACACCAUUAGCACACCUCAUUCUGAUCAUUUGGAUGGGUGGCCAAAUACUUUUGGCAAUAUAGUGCAUCUCGUGUGUGUGACUGCCAUCUACUGGUCACACUUAUCAUUACAUUAUGUACCAAAUAAAACAGCUUCGAGGUCGGUAAGCACAACCAGAAUGAUGUCGUACGUUAGGCACACCGGCUUAUAAGGCGUAUUGUCGAGUUUUGAGAAGAUGAAAGGAUUUUAAGUCCGAAAAAUACUUUAAGUUGUGUAACCCAACUGAAAGGCAAAAGUUUUUUGACUCUUUUCUUGUGUAAUGUCAGCCAUUUAAUCAUUUAGAUGUUUUUUGUUUUUUUUAUGGAAAUGUGAAUCAGUGCAAUCAAACUUUAUUCCAAAAUCCUGAUUGCAACAUCACCUGACCAACAAUGCAUGCUGGGAAAAGCCAAAUGCCAAAAGCCCGUUUUUAAAGUGCAAUUAGAUGCCAGGGUAAUUGCCAAGAAAACACUGUUACAUAUUAAUAACACGUGCAUUCAAAUAGUGGAAGAAAGCAUUGUGAUUAAAAAUGAGUCAAAUGUC